AUGAGAGCCAAGCAUCUGCAAGAGCAAGAUGUUUUUGGUAGAUACUUCGUAUUACCGAGUGUUCCUUAUCUGCCCAAGCCUCGAAGAAAGGGAAUGGCCAGGAUAUCGGGGGUGUGUGAAAUAAUCAGCCGCUUGAAGACAUUUGAGGCAGAAAACGGUGUAAUUGUGCAAGGCACUGCAACAGAAUGCGAGCUGAGAGCUGCAUUCGAAAAGUACGGGCCUAUAUUGCAAGUAAGGGUGCUUAGAAGAUAUGCAUUUGUUGUAUUUGAAAAGCAUGUAGAUAUAAGUUUAGUAUUUGGAAAGUAUCAUAGCAUUGGAAACAGGAGGAUGUAUGCCGAUAGGAUAAAGCAAUAUGAUGCAGACUUUAUGCCUGUGAUGUAUAGAAACCGAGUUAAUCUAUGGCAUAACCAUAUAAAUAAAUUUGAAUGA